CGUCGGUCCUACAGAUAAUCAAGACACAACGAACCAAUCAACUUCUACUGCGAGACACAUGAUUUUAUUUAUAGAGUAUAAAAUCUUUAAAAUUAUGAUAAGUUCCUAGAAAACAAAAUUGUUUGUAAUAGAGAUUCUUUGUCUACUAUUAUAUCUAAUUUGAUCACUUCAAUUUUGAUAGUUCUUGAUUUACUCGACUGAUAAUAUUUAGGAUCUACUAAAAAUCUUUUGCAAUGUACUAUGUAUCAACCUUAAGAUUUCUUUCUUAUCAUUAUCAGUUACCUUGACACUCGUGAUUAACCUAGCAUCUGUCAGCCAGUCGUGGACCGGUCGUAGUCGUACUUUGACUGACUCGGGCUGACUUUGACCCCAAGGAAGUAAAUAUGAAUUAGGAUUAGGAAUCGUAUGUUAGGAUUAUAAUAUCGAACGUAAAAUUAAAAUAUCUCGAAAUUUUUUGAUCGUGACAUUUGAGAAACAUGGGUAACAGGUCCAGUCUUCUUUUACGCGAAGAAGAAAUAGCGCAAAUCCAAGAUGCCACUGGAUUCACACCAAAUCAAAUUGAACGCUUAUACAGUCGCUUUACGAGUCUAGACCGCGGAGAUUGCGGGACACUUAGUAGAGAAGAUUUUCUUAGAAUUCCAGAAUUGGCAAUAAAUCCUCUAGGUGAAAGAAUCGUGAAUGCUUUCUUUGAGGAAAGUGGCAACGAUAGAGUCAAUUUUCUACAAUUUAUGCAAGUCCUUGCUCACUUUAGGCCUAUUAAGAAAAAUAGUCCUAAUCGGCUAAACUCUAGGCAACAGAAAUUAAAAUUUGCUUUCAAAAUGUAUGAUUUGGAUAACGACGAUUUAAUAUCAAAAGAAGAGCUUUUAGCUAUUUUACAUAUGAUGGUUGGUGCAAAUAUAAGCGAAGAACAGUUAACUAGUAUCGCUGAGCGUACCAUAGUAGAAGCUGAUGAAAAUGGCGAUGGAAUGAUAUCAUUUGAAGAGUUUUGUAAGGUAUUGGAAAGGACAGAUGUAGAACAAAAAAUGUCCAUACGAUUUCUUAGUUAAUUUAUUUCAUUGUUUCUUAUAAUGCAUAACUUAUGAUGCAUUGGAAAGAUGUAUUAAAAUUAAUUGCGAUUAAUAAUAUUAAAUGCAAAAAAUAAAUUUCUCAUUUACAACUUUAUUUAUUCUAUAUAGAAAAAAAUUGAACGUCUAGAUUAGAUAUUUAAUAAUCCAUUGAAAGAAUAAGAUGUUUAUAAAAACAAAAUAUUUUAAUUAAUAAAACAAAUAUAUUUGUGUAUAAUUAUUAUACUUUAUAGUAUAUAAAUUCUGUAAUUAUUACAGUUCUUUCAACCUACUGCUUACAAAGUCUAAUACAUGAUUUGUUUACAUGUCUUGUUACAUUAUUUAUGAUAUUCCAAAAAAUUAUAUUUAUGACAAGAAAUACCGUUGAAAAAUAAGUUAUUCUAUCAAUGAGACAUUUUAAAAGUUGAACAACACGGAAUAUUUAAAAUAUGCAUUACAUUAAUACUAUGUACUUUAUUUGUACACAAGUCAUAUCUUGACUUUGGAAAAAAUAGUUGUCGAGGAAUUAUAUUUAAUUAUGUAUUCUCAUUA